AUGGGAAGAAGCUUCUUCUCGACAGCCCCAGCGGAGGAAGAAGAGCUGACGUUUAAGUCACCAAAAGUAGAAGAUUUGUAUGGAAGAAUUAAGACACUCCCAGAAGAGGAGGUGAACGUCUUGGGUGCUAUGGUGAUUCAAGUAUUAGGGGUCAAAAUAUUCCCUGGUCAGUUCGGAGGAGGCGGAGCAGCUGUUGGCGGGGCAGAGGCUGCCGCACCUGUAGAAGAAGUCCAAGAAGUAAAGACUAUUUUCGAUUUGAAGUUAGUUGGAUUCGAUGCCAAGGCGAAGAUUAAGGUUAUCAAAGAAGUUCGUUCCAUUGCUGGUCUCGGCCUAAAGGAAGCCAAAGAACUUGUGGAGUCUGCGCCAAAGGUCAUCCAAAAGGACUUGAAGCCAGAAAAGGCAGAAGAACUAAAGGCGGCGCUAGAAGCUGUCGGUGCACAAGUCGAAGUGGUAUAA